GUGAUUUGAGAGGAAGAUUAUCAGUGAAUAAAGGCUUAAAUUUCGUCUUGACUUCUUGUAUGUAUUGUCAUGUAAAGGCAGUGCCAUUCAAUCCAGCUCUUGUAAAGCCGAUAUGAGGGUCUGGAACAGGUCUGUGCUUGAUAAACUCCCUCACUGGAUGUUUGAUGUUACGGUAGAAAUGCAGAACUGUCGCGACACGUAACAUAUAGAUCUUAUAUAUGCUGAAAACACCGCCGCGGGAGAUUUACUGCCGGAUUCCAGCGAGGCGAUGGAGACGGUGAGUGUGAUUUAUGGUCACCUGUGCGCUUGAGGAGAGCUCGAGUUACGCUUCAGGCACAAACGAGAGUCAGGAUCUGACAGCCGCUGAUGCUCCUGACGCUGACAGGAACAGAUCUGUGGGAUGGUGUCUGAUUGUGAGAUCUCUGUUGCAGCUGCAGACGCCGAAGAACCUGCACCUGAAGAAACAGCACCUGAAGAACCUGCACCUGAAGAAACAGCACCUGAAGAACCUGCACCUGAAGAAACAGCACCUGAAGAACCUGCACCUGAAGAAACAGCACCUGAAGAACCUGCACCUGAAGAAACAGCACCUGAAGAACCUGCACCUGAAGAAACAGCACCUGAAGAACCUGCACCUGAAGAAACAGCACCUGAAGAACCUGCACCUGAAGAAACAGCACCUGAAGAACCUGCACCUGAAGAAGCAUCACCUGAAGAGCCAGCGGAGGAGGCAGAAGCUCCUGCAGAGUCUGAAGACACAAACCCUGAGACAGCAUCCGCUGAAGAGGAACCUGCUGGAGAAGAAGCUGGAGCAGAAGCUGGAGCAGAAGCAGGAGCAGAAGCAAAUAAAAAAAUCCUAA